CGAACUCGGCCCACAACACUCAGCGUCCUAUAUAUACCCUCCCAAAACCCUAACCCUAGAUUUCUCACUUUCUUUAAAUAGAGCGACACAAUCACUCAGCGGCCGAAGAACUCUCGAGCAAUCCACCAUGGGUAAGGUACACGGAUCUCUAGCUCGUGCUGGUAAGGUGAGAGGCCAAACCCCCAAAGUGGCCAAGCAAGACAAGAAAAAGAAGCCCCGUGGACGCGCCCACAAGCGCAUGCAAUACAAUCGCCGAUUCGUCACCGCCGUGGUUGGAUUUGGCAAGAAGAGGGGACCAAACUCGUCGGAGAAGUGAGCAACAUGCUUUGAGAGGAUGAGGAGCUCUUUAGGGUAAAGAUUUUUUUUUUUGGAUAAAUUUUCAUGUAAUGUCAAAGACUGAUGCUUAUGUUAGUUGUGGAGUUAUGUACUGGAUUAUGAUUUUGUUGGAGUUAUGCUGAUCAAUUAUUUUGAAAAUGAUGAGUUUGUAUUA